UGGCCAAGACGUACGAGUCAGUUUAAUUUCAAACUUUACCCGAUACCAGUCAAAAAUGUUCCGGUUAAGAUUCGCGAUUGGUUUGAUCGUAGCCGCGGUGUCGACGGCUGUCCUCGCCGAGGAGUUGUACUCCGACAAGUACGACUACAUAAAGCCCGAAGAAAUCCUCGAGAACAAUCGUCUCCGCGAUCAAUAUUACGCGUGUUUCAUCGGAUCUUCACCCUGCAUCACACCGGACGCUAAAUUUUUCAAAAGUAACUUCCCGGAAGCCAUUGUAACCCAAUGCAGAAAAUGCACGGAGAAACAGAAACGUAUGUUCGAUACCCUGUCCACGUGGUACACGGAAAAACGUCCGGAUGAAUGGAAAGCUCUGAUCGCCAAGUUUAUCGAAGAUGCGAGGAAGAAGAAGAUCAUCUCUUAAAAAGUUCGGAGAGGAUUUCAUCGAAGUUUUUGGAGUAAGAGAAAAGAAAGCACACGGCGGUCAAGAUCCAGUGUCCAUACCGUUAGAACUUCGGCGACGCGUUCGAUAAGUGUAACAUUUUUAAAGUAGACAUAUAUUUGUUACCACUGUUCAUAUAAUUACGAUUGUUUUUGUUAAUGUAUUUUGUGAACUCGCGUAUUUUUGUUGAGGCAUGUUGCCUUGAUUGUAAAUAAACGAAGACUUGUUGAACAAA